UGUCGACAGCGGAAGUGAGCUGUCGACUGUAACCAUCCACGGCUGCGAUGCGGCGUAAAAAGUCGAGUUUUAAAGCGACUCUCCGGUAGCGCAUGGCGGCGGAGGAGGACGCAGGUGCCGUCCGGGCUCCGGCCUGUCUGUGUGUCCUCUGCGGGCUACCUGCCGCUGGGAAGUCCACUCUGGCCCGCACGACCCUGGGCGCCGCCGCGGAGCGCGGAUGGAGAGCCACCGUGGUGCCGUACGAUGACCUGAUCCCCGAGCAUGCUUUUCAGACCAGAGCGGCGGAGGACGGUGUCAAGCUGCAAGAAAUGCACACUGAAUGGAAGUUACACAGACAGGCCGUGUUGCAGUGCAUCGAGCAGUUCUUGAACAAACCUGAUGUGCUGCGGGAGCUGCCGAGCAGCUGUCAGAUCAACGGUGCUGCAUGGGAACGUUGCGUUCGUGCUCUGCUGCAGCCUGAAGCUUUGGACCACUCUCAGGCUGAGCGGGCACCGCUUGUCUUUCUGCUGGAUGACAACUUCUACUAUCCAAGCAUGAGAUAUGAAGUUUACCAGCUUGCAAGAAAGUAUUCACUGGGGUUCUGCCAGGUGUAUCUACACUGUGAUUUGGAGUCCUGUAUCAGCAGAAACCAGAGCAGAUCUGAACCCAUUCCCACUGGGGUGAUAUUGGAGAUGGUGAAGCGUUUGGAGUCUCCAAAUCCACAGAGGAACUCCUGGGAGACCAAAAGCAUUUUGCUCAACACUACAGACAGUUUGUCCAAAUGUGACAUCCAGGGGGUGAUGGAGUUGAUCUCCUUUGCACUGAGCAACCCGCUGAGCCCAAUAGAGGACAGCACUAAGCAAAAGGAGGCCGACCGCCUGAAAUGUGCCUCUAGUGUGGUUCACCAGGCUGACCAGGCCUGUCGACGCCUGAUCUCUGAAGCCAUGAAGACUGCCAGAGAAAAUCAAGUGCCCUCUGAACACAUGAGGUCUUUGGCCACUCAGCUGAAUGAAUCCAAAGCAACACUUCUUCACAACCUGCGAGAAGAGUUGCUUCAGGAAACGUCCUUCACUCAGGAAGAGGACACUGACGUGGGACGUGUGGUGAAAAGAGCAGUGGGUUUUUUUGACGAUGAGAAAAAGGAAAUCUUCUUUAGGAUUAUAAAUAACCAAAAAUGACUUUUUCACAAAGUCAGAUUUAAUUGGAUCAAAUCAAAAGUGAAUGUGUGUAAUUUGUAUUUAAUUAAAUGUAAAUAAAAUGUACUUUUGCUGGUCA